CAUUCAUCCCCUUCUCUACUAUCUGUCAAACCCCUCAUGGGUCUUUGCUUCGGGCUAUCGUUUCAUCUUCCAUCGCAACAACGGCAAUUGAACGGCUGAUCUCCUCUCUCUCCUGGUUCAGCGUCCUCGACUCCCGGACGGGCGGAGAAUCACGACCAGGGCACCUACAACACACCGGGUGCCUCUCAUGGCUGAGAAAACCAUUUCAACAUGACAAACAUCACUCUCGAAGACCUGUUGGUCAUGGAAUCGAAUAGCGACCGCGACGAUGUCGUCGACCUGCGCUCACUAGACUACGUUUCCAGCUACGAUGACCACCUCAUGUGUCCGAUAUGCCACUGCCCCUUCAUUCACCCGGUGCGCUUAAAGUGCGACCAUGUAUUCUGCCAGAAAUGUCUCGUCUCAGCCAUCACGACUUUCGCUGCGGCUCGAGACGAAUUUACCUGUCCCACCUGUCGGACACACACGGGCGGGGUCUACCUCAAACUCCCCCGCCUCUUGAUCAAUAUGUGCGACGAGAUUCGAGUACGAUGCCCAUACCGCAACGAAGGGUGUGAGGAGGUAGCGCCCAGGGUGUUUAUCCAGACCCAUGUCGACAAGUACUGUGGAUAUAGGCUGAUGGACUGCCCGCUGGGCUCGUGUGGGAUGAAGACACGGAAGAAGGGCCUCGACCCGGACGGGAGAUGCUUGCAUGAACUUCGCCAAUGCACGCGCUGUGAGGGGAAUAUCAUGGAACAAGACUACGGGGAACACUUCUCCGAACUAUGUCCCAACCUCCAGACCACUUGCCCGGACUGCCAGACCUCCAUUCUCCGCCGGGAACUCAAGCAACACGCAAACUCCUGCCCCGAGUCUAUCCACGCAUGCCCUGCCUCUAAAUAUGGCUGCCCCAUCCAACUCAAGCGUGGCGACCUGGCCACGCACGAACAGACCUGUCCUCUGAUCGCGAUGGGCCCGUACUUCGAGGCUCAGAACGCCCGGCUCGAUUCUCUGGAGCUCACUAUCCGCCAUCUCAAGCAGCGGAACGAGAUCUUCGAGGAUGGGCUGGCGAAUAUCCGAACCACCCUGGCCCAGUCACCGACGGCCGUCCCCGUCGCGGACGGUCGUGCAACAACCUCCAGUCCCACCCGCCGCAGCAACGACCCAGCAUCCUCGAACAGCCAGUCCCAGAUCGACAGCUCCAACCAGUACACCGCGACCACAACCAACUACCUUCUUUCCCUGCACGAGUCCCUCCGCGAAGAAGUCGGCCAGCUCUCGCACGCGAUCACGGACCUCGACGCCCGCGCCAGCAUGGCGAUCAUGAGCGAGUGCCUCCGCAUCAAGGAGGACAUGGCCCACACCAACGCCGCAGUAAGCAGCGUGCGCAUGCAGGUCCAAUGGCUGCUGAACCCGCGACUCCAUCAGCAUCAGGGCGCACAGCGCACCGGAGGCGCCCGCACCGCGACACCCGCUGGGAGUAGUCCCGCUGCCGCCGCGGGACCGAGCACCUCCACCAUCCCGCUUCGUCCUCGCAGACUCAGCGAUAGCGGCCGAGAGGGGACGAAACUAUAGAUCUCAGUCUGGUAUAUCCAUCCGGAUUUCAAUCCCCCAUACCCAAUCCUCCUAGACUCUAUCACCUAUAGCAUCCUUCAUCAUACCACCGACCACAUAUCCAACAGCAACAGAGCACCCAGCAUCUCCAUCGUCUCCAUCC